CUGGGGAGAUCCUGAUCGCCGCACAAGGGGGAGGCAACAAGCACGCGCUGCUCUUCAUCAUCUCUCCAUCCUCAUCUUCAUUCUCAUCCACCCCUCUCCUCCCGACACCGACACCGACACCGACACCGACAUAGACACUCUUGCAGCGGAGACUAUACACAGGAUCGCAACACUCAGCACAGCAACUCAUCAAUCGGAGCAACAUCACCAUCGUACACCAUGGAAGCCAACGGACCCCCCGAGCGCCCAAAGAACCUCUGCCAGGUCGCCGACUACCUCCUUAGCCCACAGUCUGGUCUUAAGAAGAGGGAUGGCGUUUUCAACGAGUCGCGAGUGACCUAUUUCAGAGGAAAGGGUGCUGUCAACGCCCUGCUCAAGUCAGAGUUCCGUCAAACCGCAGUAGGCAAGGAAUUGGGCGAGUUGACAAGGGAAUCGGCAGCACAACUUCUUGGAUCUAUGAUCCCACACCAGUUCUUCCUCAAAGUCGAGCGCCCCUCCGACCCUGAUAUGCCCAGGAACAUGCUGCAGUUGGUCCAAUACCAGUCCUUUAGUGAGGACAGUGUCUUUGUCUGGCGGUACGAGGGCUCCCAGCUUCGGACACAUUUAAUGGCAGGAGGCUUGCUGCUGAUCGUUCUUGCCGGAGUCAUGUUCCCACUUUGGCCAGUACCUCUGCGCCUUGGUGUCUGGUAUCUGUCUAUCGGUGUGUUAAUUCUGUUGGGUCUGUUCUUCGCCAUGGCGAUUGUGCGAUUGAUCUUGUUCAUGAUUACCUGGGCGGUACUCAAGCCUGGCAUCUGGAUCUUCCCCAACCUGUUCGAGGACGUUGGCUUUGUGGACUCGUUCAUCCCUCUAUGGGGCUGGCAUGAAUCUGAGGAACCAAGGCAGGCCAAGGGUGAAAACCAACAAAUCACUGGCGAAGAGGCUCAGGAGGUGGUCCAGACACAGGUCAUCAGCGAGGAGACGGCAGAAAAAAUCACUAAGCGCAGACCAAUGGUCGAGGAUGCAGUCGAUGAGGAGUAGGCCAUCAAUAUUUUCCCAGCGCUGAAUGCGGAUGGGUUUUAAUGAGGAGAAGUGAAGGGAAGAUAGGGCUCGAAUGAAUUUUUCGUGUCAUUCCUCUCUGACGCAUUACAGAACGCCCAUACAUCUAUUACGAAAUUGCAAAUUAUUUUUUUUAUCACGCAAAUAAAUGGCAUUACAGCA